UUGGGGGUAGGUUUUGUAUAAGUGAAGAUAUAUAGGGGUGAACUGUAAAAACGAGAACUUGCUAGUUAGGGGAUCAAAUAAAAUUCUCUAGGGUUAGGGUUUAGCAAAACAGAGACAAUUCUUGAGAUUGAAUCAUCAAAAAAAAAAAUGUCUAAGAAGAACAAUUUAGCUCGUAGAAAGAGACAACACGAAUUCGAGCUUCAAAAGGAGAAGGAACAGAAAGAAAAGAACGAGAAGAAACUCCAAGCAAAGAAGAACAAGAUGAAAGUUGACAAUACUAACAAGAUGAAGAAGAAAGGUGCAAGUGGGUUUUCAGUAAAGAAGAAAAAGGUGAAGACCAAAUUGACUGCAUUGACAAAAGCUAAAGCUGCUCAGGCAAUGGAGGUUGACAAAUGAUGAAUGAGUUCCAAAUUUUGAAAUCUUGUUUAUUUUUAUGUUUAUGUUGACAUGCCAGUGGGUUAUAGAACUUGACUGCUGCUGAAUUAGCAGCAAUUUUAUGUAAGUUGUAACUUAAACUUGGAAGUUCAAAUCUAGCUAUCUUUCAGUUUCACA